UGGGGAGGGGCCGGGAGGCUGGUCGCUGGGUCUCCUCUGGUGGCCGCAGUCUGACUGUAGACUACCCGGGGCUCUGAGAAGAGGUUGGGGGGCGGUUCUAGCAGGACGGGUGACUGAAGGUCUGAGGCGGAAACGGCUGGAGGAAGGUUCUGGGGGAGGGGUUAGCCGGCAGGUGGCCGGAGGGCUGUGUGUGUGAGUUGAAGAGAAUCCUUGGAGGGAUCUGGUAAGAGGUGUCUGAGGGACUAUGAGGGGGUCUGAAAGAGGAUGUUGGGGAGAUCUAAUAGGGUCCGAGCAUCUUGGGGGUCUCAAAGAGGAUGAUGCAGGGUUGAAGAGGGCUGGCUGAGGGUCUGUGGGAGGUCUGAACGAGGAUAUUGGGGUCUUGCAGGAGGGGCGGUGUUUGAUAUUCUGGGUGGACGAGCAGGGUGUCUGAGGGCGCUGAUGAGAAGGGGGGAGGCGGGUAGCAAUCACCACUCCUGGUAGAAGGGGAACGCUCUGCUGAACUUGGGGCCCACACAGAGCCGGCUUGGAUGGGGGUGGUGUGGGACUGGGAGGAAGACUUGAUUAAAAAGUUGACUUGGAAACCUGGUUCUGCCAGCCCUGCCCGGCGGUGUUUGGCUUCCUCUCCUUUUAAGUCUAGGGAGGGGCAGGGCCUCCACUUCAAAGGCUGCUCCCCCUGAAGAGGGAGUUAAUUAUUACCUGGCCCCACCUCUCUUGGCAGGGGUUGCUGUAUUUCACUGCUCUUGUCUUUGGGUUCCUGGGCUUUGCCCCUCUCCCAGCGGGACUUGGUCAGAGCCUGCUGGGCCAGCUAGCUGAAACCCCCUUUGGGCUCUCUCUGGUCCUGCCUCAGUGGCCCAGGAUGUUCCUCCUCCUGCAGAAAAAGCCUUCUUACGGUGUAGAAUUGGAAGCCGCUCUUGGAGGCUGACUUUGUCCGUUUGAUAUAGUCAGGGAAGCUGGAGAUUGCCUCCUGUCUCAGUGACUCUGUAGUUGUGGGACCCCUGGCAACUUUUGCCCUUUGUAAAAUGGGGAUCACUGCAGCACUUACCUCCCAGGGCUGUGGAGGAUCAAAGGAGUCCUAUGUCUAUGGACAAGGCACUCCCAAGUGUCGGGUAAACGUUAUCUAUCAUUUAGUCCAGCCCAGAGAUAGAAUGAUCAUAUAGUCGAGCCAGUCAGCAAACAUUUAUUAGGUGCCUGUUAUGUGGUAAUGGGGUUAUCAUCCAAGCAAAUAGCUGAGACACCAUCACACAAUACUUUGUGGAGAGAAAAAGGGCUCCUGGUCUGGGGCCUAAUCCUAGUCUGCUCUUCCCCUGUUUUAGAGUGCCGGAGACAAUGUCAGUCACCAGCCACGAGACCCGGAAGUCUCGCUCCAGCUCUGGCUCCAUGAACAUACAGAUCUUCCACAAGCCGGGCCACGCGGACAGCCUGCUGACCCAUCUGAACUUGCUGCGCCAGAAGUGCCUCUUCACCGACGUGGUGCUCAGGGCCGGGAGUGGUGUGUUCCACUGCCACCGAGCUGUGCUGGCUUCUUGUAGCUACUACUUCGAGGCCAUGUUUGGGGGAGGCCUGAAGGAGAGCAGAGAGGGCCACGUGGACUUCGGAGACCGGCUGCACCCGGAGGUGUUGGAGCUGUUGCUCGAUUACGCCUACUCGGCCAGGGUGCUCAUCAACGAAGAGAACGCGGAGUCUCUUCUGGAGGCCGGGGACAUGCUGCAGUUCCAUGACAUCCGGGACGCGGCUGCAGCCUUCCUGGAGAAAAAUCUGCACCCCACCAACUGUCUGAAUAUGCUGGCCCUGUCUGACACCUUUAACUGUGACCGGCUGUUUGAGCUGUCCUGGAGAAUGGCUUUGGCCAACUUUGCUUCUUUGUACAAGUCUGAUGAUUUCCUAAAACUCCCCAAAGGAAGGCUGCUGGAGCUUGUGCAGAGCGAAGACUUGGAAGUGGAGGAGGAGAGCCUGGUAUACGAAGCAGUCAUUGGAUGGAUCAAGUACGACCUGUCGGUCCGCCACGACGACUUGCCAGAGCUUCUGCGUUCGGUGCGCCUGGCUCUUUUGCCCGAGGCAUACCUGAAAAACCAGGUGGCUCUGGAAGAAGUGGUGAUGGACCACAAACUGGGAGGGGAGAUCGUGGCAGACGCCGUGCGCUGUAAAAUGAGGCUCUUGCAGAAUGACGGGCUGGUGACGGGCUUCUGUGCCCGGCCCCGGAAGGUCAGCCAGGCUCUGCUGCUGCUCGGGGGGCAGACGUUCAUGUGUGACAAGAUUUACACCAUCGACCAGACCACCAGCGACAUCAUCCCCAGGACAGACAUUCCGAGUCCCCGCAAAGAGUGCAGCGCUUGUGCCAUCGGCUGCAAAGUCUACGUCACCGGGGGCCGAGGCUCCGAGAACAGCGCCUCCAAAGACGUGUGGGUCUACGACACCCUUCACGACGAGUGGGCCAAGGCCGCCCCAAUGCUGGUGGCCAGGUUUGGCCACGGGUCGGCAGAGCUGGCUCAUUCUCUCUACGUGGUCGGGGGCCACACGGCCGUGAGCGGCUCCUUCCCGGCCUCCCCCUCCGUCUCCCUUAAACAGGUAGAACAUUACGACCCACAGACUAACAAAUGGACUUUGGUGGCUCCUCUCCGGGAAGGGGUCUGCAAUGCUGCCGUGGUCGGGGCAAAGAAGAAGCUUUUUGUUUUUGGGGGCACCAGUGUUAACCAGAUUCACUUGCCCAAAGUGCAGUGCUUCGACCCCUGUCAGAACCGCUGGACGGCACCCACCACCUGUCCCCAAGCGUGGAGGUACACCGCAGCGGCUGUGCUGGGCAGCCAGGUGAUUGUGAUAGGGGGCGACACGGAGUUCUCGGCCAGUUCUGCCUACCGCUUCCACAGCGAUACCUUCCAGUGGUCCAAGUUUGGGGAUGUGACGGCCCGAAGGAUUAGCUGCCGAGCAGUCACCUGUGGAAAUAAACUCUUUGUGGUGGGGGGCUACUGUGGGACUCAGCGCUGCAAAACCCUCGACUGCUACGAUCCCUCCUCCGACACCUGGAGCAGCAUCACAACCGUGCCUUACUCCCUCAUCCCCACGGCAUUUGUCAGCACCUGGAAGUAUCUGUCGGUCUGAAGCGCACCCUGGCAGAGAGGAAGGAGGAAGGAGACCUGGGCGUCUGCUUUCAUUUUCUUGCUGCAGAGGAUCCUCUUAGGCAGGCAAGUGUUGUCUGCCCUUAGAAUGUCCUGUCCACACCCAAGUCCUGCCUGGCAGUUGGCAGGGUGGCGUCUGUUACAGACGUGGCUUCUGGGAUCACAGGGGCAAAGGGGGUCUGCUCCCCAAAGAGCAAGCGAUUUGAUUGAUGCUGGUUAUAUAGACUUGGGACAGAUACAGUGAGCCCAGUUGGGUGAAUGGAGGGAAGAAGAGACCCCCGUGGCAGUGAUCACAGCCUCUGGAAGAUGGUGAUCAUUGUCACCGAUUGUUCCCUCCUGUUAAAAAUGAGGAGAGCAGUAGGUCAAGCAGAGAGGACUUUUUAAGCAACAUAUUCACACCUUCCUGCCCAAGAGGAGGUGGUAGUCACUGCUAUCCUGAUUACAGUUCUGCCCUCAGGGGCCCGCCCCAUCCUUUUCACAAUUUGCUUUGCCAGUUGUGACAUGUUUGUCCACGUUGGUGGAUUUUAGUCAGUGAAGAAUGCCAACCAGCGUCGAGCCUCCUGGUCAAUGUGGUGAAUGACCAAGCUGAAGAGUCCUAUUUUAGACCCAAAAUGAGACCCGUAUGUGAAAUGACAGCUGGCUUCAGGGACGUGAAAAUUAGCAGCAGUUCCCAGAGAUCUGUACUAGAAGCAUCUUUAGAAUCUGUGUGGCUUUCCAAGAUCAGGCAUUGUUUAAGAAAAAAAGUCUUCCCUGACAAUUUUCUGUCUUUAGUUCUUUAACUUGCAAUAUUUUCUUGAAUUUGUGGAGUUUUUAUUCUUGUAUUAACAUUUAAUUAUUAAUUGCAUCAUUUAUUUAAAAUUUUUUGUCAUUUAUUUAAAAUUUUAAAACAUCUGUUUUUAGUCUGUAGUUUUUUUUUUUUUUUAUCAAGUUCAAAGUUGCCUUAAUAAAACUAAGUCUUAAGUGAAAAAGAGGGCUGGCACUUCUCUUCAUGUUCCCUUAGUCUCGACCGCCUUUCAGCGCAGCAGGGUAAGAAAAAUAAAUUUCAGUUUUGCUGUUAGGUCACAUCAUGGCUGCAGAGGACUGAGUCCCAAGUGAACUCACUGAACUGAUUGAUAGAGGGGCGGGGCUACCCAGGUGGAAUGAGAGGCCCUAACUAGGAGUUCUCCAAGGGUCAGUCUUAAAAUCCCUAGGACUUUCAUACUCUUCUCUGAGAUUUGCAGACAAACAUACAUGGGCUCACCCGAGAUCACUCAGCAAAGCUGGUCAGGCUGGCACACCCACUGACUAAAACAGCUCAGAAGGAAAGACGUUUCUAUGAUAAAGUGACAGUCACUCCACUCUGGUUGGUGUAAAGACUUAAAGCUGGAAUGUGUCUUGGAGAUGGCCCUUCCUCUCAUGGUAUAGAUGGAUGGGUGAGUGGGCAGUGUGAAGACAUCUCAGCCAUUCCUGUGUGCGCACGAUGCCCAUUUAGAAACUAAAUGUGCUUCAGUCCACAACCACUGCUCUUAAGAAACUCAACUCCCAGCAAGUGUUAAUGGCAUAGGGAAUCGGAGGCCUGGUCCUGGGUUUGAAUCUCACCUCACACUUGAUAACUUUGGGUCCCCAGGACAAACAACCUUUGAGCGCUCAGCUAUUUUUUUUUCCCAAUAUUUAUUUUUCCUAUGUGUGUUAAAUAUGGUAAAAAUAUAUGUAAAUCCAAUAUAGGCAUAUGUAUGCGAUUAUCUUGCUGCACCAGAAGAAUCAGAUCAAAAAGGAAAUAAAAUGAGAGAAAAAAUAAAAUUCAAACAAACAACAAAAAGUGAAAAUGCUAUGUUGUGAUCCACACUCAGUUCCCACAGUCCUCUCCGAGUAUAGAGAUGGUUCUCUUCAUCACAAGAUUAUUGGAAAUGGUCUGAAUCAUCUCAUUGUUGAAGACAGCCACAUCCAGCAGAAUUGAUCAUUGUAUAAUUUUGUUGCCGUGUAUGAUGAUCUCCUGGUUCUGUUCAUUUCAUUUAGCAUCAGUCCAUAUAACUUUCUCCGGGCCUCUCUGAAAUCAUCCUGCUCAGCUAUUUAAAAAAAGAAUUUUUUAAAAACAGCUUUUGAAUUUCUAAUUCUAUCUUCCCUCCAAACCUCCCUCUCUGAGACAGUAAGUAAUCACAGAGAGGUUAUACAUGUUUUGAGCCUCAGUUAUCAGUUCUAGCCCUGUGGAAAUAUAGGGAUAAUCACAGCAUCUGACACUGAAUAAAUUGAAUGAAUGUGAACUGAUUUGUAAACCAUAUAUGUUCCAAGGAGAAGAACGGUGCUGAAAGCUAGCGAGCUCCUGGUUUUAGAGGGGAGGCACUUCAGUGCAGUCCCAUGGCUGAAGGCACUGGGCCCAGCCUGCUGCCCAUGCAGAGGUCACGUGCUCCUAGACACCUUCCUUAAUCAUCAGCCAACAUUUACACAUACAGCUCUAACCCCCUCCACUUUACGGAGGGGGAAAGUGAGGCUGUGCUUCAUGUUAUAAACUCCCAUGUUUUAGCAGAACCUUGUCUCAAACAGGAGAGGGCUCUACAGCAGUGGGGGCCUGAUGCCCCUAAACUACUCCUCAGACCCGGUCCAGCCUAUGGGUCAUUCCAGAGCACCAUGGAUGGGCUGCUUCCCUGAGAGGGUCAUGCAGGGGUUCCUGGUCCUUUUUACGGGUUCUCUGUGCUUUGUUCCUGGCUUGAACAAACCAUCUUUCCCAGGAAGAUUCGUCCUCUCUGGCUCGCACAAGCUUCCUUUGUAGCAUAAAGACUAAAGUCUUCCCCCCUAAAAGGACCCUUACCCACUAGCAAGAGUCACGGGCAUGGUACCUUCCUUUUGCCUUUUAUGCCCUGUCCCCCAUUCUUUCCCUCACAAGGUCAAUAUCUGGCUAAGAUGUAAGAUCUAACACUGGCCUUUUGCUGAGCCCCACACAACAGAAAUACAUUCCUCAACCUAUCCUUCCCAUUCAAAGGUGCUGGGCUGGCUUCCGGAUAAGUGUUUGUUUCCUCAAUUUAUUAGCCUUCUUUCCCUAAACAAACUGCUUUCAUUUUGGCUACUUCCCAUCCAACAUUGUCAUUGACUUUAUUAUGUAGUUGUGCUUUUGUGUGGCAAUCCCCCAAUUGAGGUCAGAGGCCCCAGUCUUAUUUUCCUUCUUCAAAACUGAGAGGCUUGAAGUAUCAAAGAAUGCUGGAUUUGGGUUUGAAAUUGGGGUUAUAAGUUAUGCUGUGAAAGGGCAAGUAAAUAAGUGAUCAUUUCUAGAUUCACGAAUCCAAAUGCAACAUUGAUUUUUCUUAUUUCAUCACAUGCAACACUGAGCCAAUUAGAAGUUUUAAACUAAGACAUACCCAUUGAAAUAUAAACUAUAUCCCACUAGGACCUGUAGUUGAGCACUGACAUACACUACUUGUGAAUAAACCACAGUGUUUUGGUUUUGUCAUUUGACUUAUUUUUCUUGAUGGCAUGUGAAUCUCAUUUUAAAAUGAUUUCUCUGUAAAUGUACUUUUAAAAAUGUUUGAUGUUUAAAUGUUUGAAAUGCUUUAAAAUGAACUAAAAGCAGUUACAAAACGAGCAAUACUAAAAUUUAUAAAAGCAUAAAAAAGAUAUUUAAAUAAAUGAUGCAGAAUACUUAAAAAAAAAUAAAAUGGGGACGAUGAUGCUCAAAUAUUGCCAGAGCAUAAUUGAUGUAUAGACAUCAAUUAAUGAGUGAAUAUCAAGUAGUUUGUAAAACAAACACCAGCUUUUAUUAUCACAGUACAGUAGUUAUUUCACUUUUAUUGAAUUUCACCAAAUUCAAGAUAAAAUCUUCCAUCAAAGUGGCCUAAUGUGGGAGCACCAUUAGAAUUCAAUCAGGCUUGAAUAGCACAGUGGUGGCUCGUGAAAUAUUCAUAUUCAUCAUAAAGCCCCGGAGACUUCUGGUGUCAUUAAAUUGGGAAGAGAUUAUGGAAGGACAAACUUCACAGAAUAAGGUAUGGGUGGGUGGUGAAGAAAUCCCCAGGCCCCAAAUUCAUGGAUCUAUUUAAGUAUCCCAAUAUGUAAUUGUCACAUGUAUGGUAGCAGGAGUCAUACCUUAGGGUUCCCUGUACAGCCCCAUACAGGGACCCAACAGAAGGUGAUCAAUAAAUGAUUUUUAAAGAACAUUUAGAAAAUAACAACAAUGCAAAGAAAUACAAAUUUGAAAGAUUUAAGAACUCUAAUCAAUACAACAAUCAAGUGUUUCCAGAGAACUGAAGAAGUCUGCUGCACACCUCCCGACACAGAUGAUAGACACACCCAUAACACAGAAUGAGGCUCAAGGUGGAAAUUUGUUUUUCGUGCUUUCAUAAGUUUUCUUUUUUCCCCUGAGGUGUGUGUGGAUGAAAGAAUUUUUUGUUAAUUGAAAAGGAGAAAAAAUUAAAACCAACCAAAUAAUUAAAAAAAAAAAAAA